AUGCAUCGCAGUCGCCGGUGUCUCUGCAGUACCUCGCCUGCCUUGCAAGCACGCAACUUCUCCAAUCAGCUCGCCUUCUCGGCUCUUCCCCGCCCUCCAGCCCAACCGCUUUCUACUCCUAAUUUCUACUCGUACGACCAGCUCUUGGAAACCUGCCUGCAGCGAUGCAGGCAAGCCAAAGCCCACCACCAGUUCGACGAAACGCCUCACAGAGUCUCCCCGAUUUCGACAGCCGGGAAACUCGUCCACGGCUACGGUAUCAAGCUUGGGGUAUCGUCAGAAGGGCGUCUAGGAAACGCCAUCCUCGAUCUUUAUACCAAGUGCGGCGAUGUGGACUCCGCGGAGAAGGCAUUUGACUGGCUUGAGAGCAGGGAUGUCUCGGCCUGGAACUCUAUUUUAUUGCUUUAUUCGAAGAAGGCCGCUUCGUUCUCGGUCGUGAGAUGUUUUGGGUUGUUGUGGAACGAAGGGGUUGCUCCCAAUGAGUUCACUUUUGCUAUUGCAUUGUCUGCUUGUGCGAGACUGGCCAAUGUGGAUUGUGGCAGACAAGUUCACAACAAUCUGUUGAAGAUGGGAAUGGAAUCGAACUGCUUCUCCCAGGGUGCUCUUAUCGACAUGUAUGCAAAGAGUAAUCAAAUGGCUGAAGCUCGAAGAGUGUUUGACGCAGCACUGGGUAAGGAUACUGUGUCUUGGACAUCGUUGAUAGCUGGCUACGUGCAAUCUGGUUUACCUGGAGAGGCAACAAAAGUCUUUGAAGAGAUGCAAAGAAGUGGGAUGGAACCUGACCAAGUGGCACUCAUCACUGUCAUGAAUGCAUAUGUCAGUUUAGGAAAGCUUGAGGAUGCUUCUAAGUUGUUCUUCCAGCUGUCUAACCCAAAUGUUGUAGCUUGGAAUGUGAUUAUGUCAGGGCAUGCUAAGCGAGGCUAUGAAGUUGAAGCUGUUGACUUUUUCAGAAACAUGAGAAGUUCUGGUGUCAAAUCCACUAGGUCCACAUUGGGAAGCAUAUUGAGUGCAAUCGGGAACUUGGCUGCUGUUGAUUUUGGCUUGCUAGUUCAUGGGGAAGCAAUUAAACAAGGACUGUACACUAAUGUCUAUGUUGGAAGUUCUCUGAUUAGCAUGUAUGGCAAGUGUGCAAAACCAGCAGCAGCUAAGAAGGUUUUUGAUGAUCUAGAAGUGCAAAAUCUCGUCUUGUGGAACGCAAUGCUUGGAGGUUAUGCCCAAAAUGGCUAUGCUUAUGAAGUUUUGGAAUUGUUCUUUAACAUGAACAGCUAUGGAUUUCACCCUGAUGAAUUCACAUUCACCAGCAUCUUGAGUGCUUGUGCUUGCCUCGAAUUUCUAGAAGUGGGUCGCCAGUUGCAUUCCGUUAUCAUUAAGAACAAACUGGCACCAAAUUUAUUUGUGGGGAAUGCACUGGUAGAUAUGUAUGCUAAAUCUGGGAACCUUCACGAUGCGAGGCAACAAUUUGAGCUAGUCAAGAACAAAGACAAUGUCUCUUGGAAUGCAAUAAUUGUUGGCUAUGUGCAGGAAGAGAAUGAGAUCGAGGCAUUCAAUUUGUUCCGUAGAAUGAAUGCCCUCGAGUACAUUAUCCCCGACGAGUUCUCCCUCGCAAGCAUUCUGAGUGCUUGUGCGAAAGUCAGAGGCCUUGACCAAGGCAAACAGGUGCACUGUCUCUCAAUGAAAACCGGUCUAGAAACAGGUUUAUAUGCUGGAAGCUCCCUUAUCGACAUGUAUGUCAAGUGUGGGAACCUAGACUCUGCUCACAGGAUUCUUGCUUCCAUGCCUAAAUGGAGUGUGGUCUCUCUUAAUGCUCUGAUUGCAGGAUAUGCUCCAUCUAAUUUAGAGCAAGCGAUUCUCCUGCUUCGGAAAAUUCAAGCUGAGGGACUAAAACUCUCUGAAGUUACUUUCGCAACCAUUCUAGAUGCUUGCAAGGGGCCAGAAAAGUUAGAUAUAGGUAGUCAAAUCCACUGCCUGGUUGUGAAGACUGGGCUUCCACUGGAUGACGAGUUUUUGGCCGUCUCUCUACUAACCAUGUACAUGAGUGGUCAAAGGAAAAGAGAAGGAUGCCUUCUCUUCUCGGAACUCUCUGGCCUUAGAAGUACUAUCUUUUGGACUGCAUUGAUUUCAGGGCUUACUCAAAAUGAUUCCAGUGAAGAGGCUCUCCAAUUUUACCAAAAAAUGCACGCUUCCAAUUUCUUACCAGACCAAGCAGUAUUUGUCUGUGUCCUGAAAGCUUGUGCUCUUCUAUCAUCCGUGAGAGAUGGUGCAGUGAUCCAUGCACUCAUCUUCCAAACUGGGUUUGACUCAGAUGAGAUGACGUGUAGUGCUCUUGUCGACAUGUAUGCCAAAUGUGGGGAUGUGGAGAGCUCAAUGCAGGUAUUUGAAGAAAUGGGUGGUAGUAAAGGAAAUGUGAUCUCGUGGAACUCCAUGAUAGUUGGAUUGGCCAAAAAUGGAUAUGCAGAAGAUGCUUUACGUGUUUUCUGGGACAUGACGAAGAACUUGAACAAUGUUGUAGUGCCUGACGAUGUCACUUUUCUAGGAGUCCUCACUGCAUGUAGCCACGCAGGAAUGGUGUCGGAAGGUCGUCAGAUCUUCAACCUGAUGGUCAACCAGUACGAGAUUCAACCGAGAAUCGACCAUUGUGCAUGCAUGGUUGAUCUUUUAGGGAGAUGGGGGUUUCUCGAAGAAGCUGAAGAGUUCAUCAGCACGUUUAACUUGGAAUCUGAUGCGAAGAUUUGGGCUACAAUGCUUGGAGCUUGCAGGACCCAUGGUGACGAAGGCAGGGGCCAACGUGCUGCUGAGAAACUCAUCGAGCUCGAACCACAGAAUUCAUCCCCUUAUGUUCUUCUUUCCAACAUUCAUGCGGCGUCUGGGAACUGGGACGAGGUUAGGAGUCUCCGAAGGUCAAUGAAGGAGAAAGGAGUGAAGAAGUUGCCCGGGUGUAGCUGGAUAACGGUGGGACAGACGACGAGCUUCUUCGUUGCCGGAGAGAUCUCUCAUUCUCGUGCUGGUGAUAUUGGUUCUGCACUGAGAGAUUUGAUGGCCUUGAUGAAAGAUUUGUGCGAUAUUGAUUCGUUUUACAAUGUUGAAGACUUGAGUAGCGGUUGA